AAUUUUUAUUUGGUGUCCAAUAAUAAAGUUUUCCUUUUUUGUGGGGAUGUCAAAUUUUACGAACGAUCCUGUCAUCAAGCUGUUGAAGAGGGAUAAUACCCUACUGUUAUUUUAUUCCUGUAAAAACACGCAUUGUAAAGUAAUACAUGGGAAACCAAUCAACUGACACCUACCUGUGUAAUAUGAGGCCACCAACCUUGACAAGUACCAUCGCAGGUUAUCAACUCCCUUGUAAUGUUGGUGUUAAGAAACAUCCAUUGGGAAGAGCAAACAUAAUGAGCCCCGGUAACUAGCAGAUUCACAGUUACAGGCAACCUUUGGUGGGCAUGGCAACUGAAAUUCCACCUGACCUCUCCGAGGUUGUGACCCCAGGGUCAUCAGGUCAAAUAUCCAGCUUCUGUCCACAGUCCUGGCGAUCGCUUCAUCAGAACGUGGUCGAGCGAAGGAAACUCAUCACCAUGCUCGCGAGUCGAGUUCCAGGCUCAUUUCAAUUCCGCACACAAACUACACCAAAUGACACGAAAACGAGGCUGUACUUUCUAGGCGUGACAUGCAAAGGACGAGAAAACACCCUGUUAUAUGUGGAUCUCCCAUCAGUUGUACCGGAUAUGCCUAGCGUACUGUCACAGCGAUCGAUGUUAGAAUCCUUCCCGGCCAGCAUUCCGACGUCCCAGUUAUCGCGAGAGGAACAGCUGAUGCGGGAGAGGAAGCGCAUGGGAACGUACGGAAUAACGUCAUACGAACUUACGGAAUGGGACGGCAGAUUUGUGUUUCCCGCCUCCAACUCUCUGUUCUCUUGUGUGGAUGUUGACUUGACGUCGACAGAACCAGUUUACCCGGUGAACAUAGGAACCAGUGUAGAGGGGGCGAGGUUAGACCCCAAGGUCUGUCCAACCAACAGUAAGAUUUUGGCCUUCAUCAACAAGGGCGACAUUUGGGUCUCAAACCAGGAUAACGGAGAGGAGGUUCGGCUGACAUUCACCAAAAAAGGAAGUGGUAAUUUGGAGGAGGAACCCCUGUCAGCUGGUGUGCCAUCAUUUGUUGUGCAGGAGGAGUUCGAUAGGUACACAGGUUAUUGGUGGAGCCCCGCCCCUUUACCAAAUAAGGAUGAUGAUGUCACUGACCACGCCCCCUUCUACUGUAUGUUGUAUGAGGAAGUGGAUGAAGGAGAGGUGGAGAUCCUGAAUAUCUUCUCUCCGUCGGUGGAAGGGAAAAAUGUGGAUCAGUAUCGCUACCCCAGGGCAGGAACGCCAAAUGCUAGAAGUUUUCUAAAGCUAGUCAAGUUCUCUUUAGACAAUCAUGGCAAGUUUGACCAAGUGCAGCAUUAUCAUCUGUACGAACCGUUGCUGACAUUCUUCCCAGACUUGGAGUACAUUGUGAGAGCAGGCUGGACUCCUGAUGCUAAACACGUGUAUGCAGAAUUGCUGGACCGGCAACAGAAACACCUGAGUCUCGUUUUGAUUCCAGUCGAUUUCUUUGUCCCGGUGCGGAGUUUUGCUGAUGAGGAAAUGAACGUUGAUUUAGUCAGGGGAUCUGUUCCUUCAUUAAGUGUGAUAUACGAAGAAAGGUCGGAUAUUUGGGUCAAUACUCAUGAUAUUUUGCAUAUUUUACCUCAUUCGGAGCCCUCGGAGAUCAAGUUCCUGUGGGCUUCGGAAAAAUCGGGCUUCCGCCAUUUAUACUGUGUGACGUCAAAGCUAGAAAGCUGUGAUAAAGCAAUCUGUGCCAUGGACCUUCUCCAGGAGACUCAAGAUGGACAGUUUAAAGCAAAUGUGAUAAAAGAAGAAAUGCUGACGUCAGGUGACUGGGAAGUGAAUGGAAAACAGCUAUGGGUGGAUGAAGAGAGGGGAGUUGUAUAUUUCAUGGGUCUGAAGGACAGCGUUCUAGAAACACACCUAUAUGCUGUGUCCUAUGUGAAACCUUCAGAACCGGUCAGACUGACCACUCUUGGCUAUUCCCAUACAGUGUCUUUCAGCUCAGACUACUUGUCGUUUGUGAGCGUGUAUAGCUCUGUUAGUGAGACCAUGUCCUGUUAUGUGUACCGGAUUCUCCAUGAGGACGGAACGAUUAGGACGAAGACCUGGGGAAUUAUAAUGCUACCAAUAGUGUGUCCGGACUACAGUGCUCCGGAGCUCUUCCAAUAUGAAAGUCAGUCAGGUUUCAUCCAUCAUGGAUUGUUCUUUCAUCCGCACGGUGAGCAGGCGGGACAGAAGUACCCCACCGUGUUGAUGGUGUACGGCGGCCCCCAAGUUCAACAGGUCACAAACAGCUUCAAAGGAAUUAGGUUUUUACGGCAUCAUGCUCUAGCUUCCAAUGGUUAUGCUGUUGUUGUCAUUGAUGGAAGAGGCUCAUGUGGGCGGGGCUUAAAGUUUGAGUCGCAUAUCAAAGACAGACUGGGGACUGUGGAGAUCGAGGACCAGGUUGAGGGGCUUCAGUUUCUCUCCUCGAUGGGGUUCUGUGUAGACAUGGACAGGGUGGGGAUACAUGGUUGGUCCUAUGGCGGUUAUCUGUCCUUGCUCGGCAUUGCUCAGAGGCCCGACGUGUUCAAGGUAGGGAUAGCUGGUGCUCCUGUUGUAAACUGGUUGCUGUAUGACACAGGAUACACAGAGAGAUACCUGAAUGUUCCUUCCCAGAACCAGACCGGGUACAGAAACGGGUCGGUGCUGAGUCACGUAGAAAAAUUCCCUGACGAGGAGAACAGAGUUUUAAUCAUCCAUGGACUUAUUGACGAGAAUGUACACUUUCAUCACACCAGCGCCUUAAUCACAGCUCUAGUGAAAGCUUGUAAACCAUACAGAUUACAGAUCUACCCAAAUGAGCGACACGGAAUCCGUAACCACGAAGCCAGUGAACAUUACAAGACAAUGAUCCUAAGCUUUCUACAGAAUCAUUUAUGAAAAUACCCUACAUACGACAAAUUUCAUUUGUUAUCCAGACUUUUAUUAGUUCACAAAAUUGAAAGAAUUAAUUCAUCCCAGUAUUGACAUGUGAUAUGAUGCUACAUGGGACCCCUCUGACAGAACGUGAUAAUACUGUAUGCAAUUUUAAUGUCGCACAAGCAAUUGUAGUUUGAUGAUUAUCAGAAAAAGCUAAAUAUUGAGCAUAUAUAUAUAGAAUCCAGAAAUAAGUAUAGAAAAAUCUACACAAGUAAUAGUAUGAUAAAAAUAUCACAAAGUUUAGUAUACUCGACUAGAUUACGUAUACUCGACUUUAUUAUAUACCCAUCAAUGUUUAGUUUUUUGAUACUGUGGAUUUCACAGUGUGAUCCGGUUUUCCGGAUCACCACACUGUGGUUUUCUGAUUCCAUUAUCAGUAUCCUCUGAAACUGAUGCCGUCACAAUGACUUCACAAUACAUGAACGCAAUGUUUUUUGUGGAAAAUAUUGACCGCAUCACGAACAAAACUGCAUACACAAAAUAUAAUUUCAUGGUAUGUCUGUGUUUUUGAUAAUUUGGAUUACAUUUAUUAUCUUUUAAAUGUGGAUUUAAAAUGCAUGAUGGGGCAUAUAAUAAAUUAAUCAUUACUACAGUAACUCGUUGACAGAUGCAGAUCAUCAGAUCAAACUCAACGCUUCGCGUGUCGUGUGAUCUGAUGAUCCGCGCCUGUCAACUCGACGUGAUCCGACUCUUGGGAUCAAGCUACUGUAGUAAUGAGAUACAUAGAUUGAGUAUACCCGACUAGUUCCUCCCAGUUGUUCAGGAGGAUAUGCUUCACUCCAGCAUGAAGAUCCAACACUCCUGACAGAUGCUGCUGGUGUAAAGCAUCAGGUUUAUGUCCUCAUGUAUUUUCAAAAAUGAAUUAUUUUAUUCCUUAUAUUUACAUUCUAUUUUCAUAUAUGUGGGAAUUUCCAAUCGUUGAAAUAUGUGUACUAUAUUUAUCAAGAUUCCUACACGCCUUCCUCACACAAUCACCUGCAUCGCAUUCAUGAGGAAAUGUCUACCAUUACAGCUGGUCAAAAUAUCAAAGGCAAACACAUUGGAAAUGUUAAGUUAUAGCACUGCAUAGAUGAGAUGAUGAAAUUCCUUUGAAUAAUUUACUAACUGCAGGGGUGGUUUGGGAAAGGGGAAGUAUAGGGGGGCUAUUGGCUAUGUAGUGUUUUUGCUGGAUUUUUCGUUGCUCCAUUGUUAUUAACUGUGUUAAAUCUAUGCCUACUUGCUGUUAGGAGAAAGAGGCAAAAGAGAAACUCUAUAUAUAGCUUUACCUUUAUAGCUUUAAGAAGGGAUGGAUUGUAUAUGUGUAAGGAUAAUUCAAUGUUAGUCAGAUCACACGCACAUAAAAUGAGAAAGUGUAUAAUCUACAGUAUCACCGACUGCAUUUACAUCAAUUGUUACUUGGUGAUUUAAAAAAUUAUUCCACAACUUGAAUUGUAUUUUGUGGCAACAAAUCUAGGAGAUGUUAUGAUUCACAGAGGAUAAUUCUCAAAGGAUAAUUCACAGAGGAUAAUUUUCACCUGAUAAUUCACAGAGGAUAAUUCUCACCUGGAGGAAAAUUAUCAUAUUCUGACCACCAAGGUUUGCAUCAGUAUGUGAACCUGUUGUUUUAGAUUUGCUGUCAUGAAAACGUUUAGAGGAGCCAAAGCACUUUAUAUUCCUAGACAAACCUAAGCUCAGUUGUCUUAAUGAAAAACAAACAGCCACCCCUAGCUUCCUGUGUGCUUUUUGUAUGUGAUAAGAUUACAGCAUUUUCGGAGCCUAGGAAACUGAAUUUGUCUGAGAGGAGAAGGAUACGUUUGAAAACUGCUGCUGCAAUUUAGUUCUGUUCGUGUAGAGAUUUUGUUUUUCGUACUCCGUUUAAUAGAGAGAGUAUCGACUGCAUUCUACUUUUAUGUUCAAUCAAAGUGAACAGUUUCAAGGAGAAAUGAACUACCAACUUGCGGUUAUGAUUGUCCACAUUUUGAAUUGAUAUUUUCAUUUUAAAGCAUUGUUACUACUAUAAUGGUACGUGUACUAGUAUUACCACUUCAUGCUAUUGUUACUACUAUAAUGGUACAUGUACUAGUCUUACCACCUCAUGCUAUUGUUACUACUAUAAUGGUACCUGUACUAGUAUUACCGCCUCAUUCUAUUGGUGCUGCUUCACAACAACAACGUUAAACUUAUAGUGAAUAUCAGAUUCCCUAUCUAGGGUCUGUGUUUUAAUUUCUUGUUACAGUGAAACAUGGUUAUAGCGAACCUCCACUCGUAAUAAGCGUGUUGUGCUGUACAGAAGUGUAGUGAAUAUUAGAUUCUCUAUCCAAGGUCUGUCUUAACUUUUUGUUCCAGUAAAACACGGUUAUAGCGAACACCCACUCGUUAUAGGCAUAUUCUAUUGUACAACUGUUUUGAAGCACAGUUUUGGGUUCAUAUUGAAUUCAAAGUGAUUUUUCUCAUCAGGCCAAAUAUAAUGUUACCACGCAACUAUGGAGAACAGUAGUACUUUUGUAUGGGUACUAUGAAUAUUGAUUAUGUUAAACAAAUAUGUGCUAUUUGUAUUGUGAAAACUCUCUAUACAGGACAUUCUGCAAACCAAAAUAUUUUGUAAACCGCUAAUUCAUAAUUCUGGCACCAUGAUUUGAUUUCUGAAAUAAAAGAUACUUGUUUUGUA